AUGGCAACCAUUAUGGUCAAAUUGCUCUACCCGGACCUAGCGGUGGCAUCGCUGAAUGGCGGUGUUGAUGCCUGCGCAGGUGGAGGGGCAGGCAGUCCCCAGUGCCAGAAGAUCAUCGCCAAGGCUUCAGCGGUGGGUGCAAUGUUUCAGACAGCAGCAGGUUUCUUGAGCAUCUUUGUGAUUCCUUUCAUUGGUUCCUGCUCCGAUCACUACGGCCGGCGGCCAAUGCUGAUCCUGGGCUGUCUGUCUUCAAAGGUUGCUCUCAUUGCGCUGAUUUGCGAUGUCUACGUUGGCACAUCCAUUUACUACUUCUUCGUGGGUGCGAUGAUCCCGAACAUUUUCUCUAUCCCCAUGCUGAUGUGGCUAUGGAUUUCUGACCAAACGCCGCCCAACGAGCGUGGGAAGAUGUUCGGAAGACUGGCUGCGGCAACAAACAUUGAAGGUGUUGUUGUUCCCUUCGUUGCUGUGCUGGCCCGCAAUGGCAAAGUUGCUGUUUUGGUCUUGGCCUUUGUCCGAGUCUUUGGGCUGUUGGUUCUGAUUUUCGGCGUGCGCGAGUCUCGUCCGCCGGACAUGCUGGAUUCAUCGGCCAGGAGCAUGUUUUCCGAUGGGAGAAGUGCAUUCUUUCAGCGCUGGAGAGGGAUCUCUCAGCUGUUUGCUGACAAAGAUUUGCGACUGCUGAUCUUGUCUGGGAUGAUCGGAACAUUUGCGAGCGCUGGAGCAACCGGCGUCCAGUUCCUGUUUUGCAAGGAAAAGUUUGGUGCCACCAUGGAGACCUUUGCCCCACUGGUGGCCCUGGCCACGCUGAGCAACUUGUUGGUCCAGCUCUUCAUCCUCAAGCCACUUGAGAACCGGGUGGGUAUCCGGGGUGUUUUCAUACUGGCAGCGUCCGCUGGAGCCGGAUUGAUGAUUGCCAUGGCCCUGGCACCGACACUUCACUGGCAGUAUUUGGUGAACGUCUUCUGGGGCCUCUCGACUAUCGGACUUCCCGCCUUUCAGACGGUUCUCUCGAAUGUGGCGGGAACCGUGCCGGGCCUCUCACCAGCUGUAGCGCUCGGAGCCCUGCAGGCGAUAGUGUCGUUGAUGACAAUGGCUGGCGAUCCAGCAUUCGAAGGCAUCCUGUCGUCCUCUCUCCACCUGCCUGUUGGCGGUCGAAUUCAUCCAGAGGCACCCUUCCUCUUCGGAGCUGUCCUCUAUGUCGUGGUGGUCAUGGUCCUGCUCUGCGUUCCACGUGAGCUUUUCGAUAGGGGGCUGUGA